AUGGUGGAGAAUCAGUGCGACGCGAGACCUGUGAAAGCAUACAUCAUGAGUGAUUUGUUGAAAAAGUUAGAUUUGGAAGCGACCAACGAUGUCAUGAAGUUGGCGAUAGCUGUUAUUGGCUUCUAUGUAGGCAGUUUCUACAUGGAGUACGUGGACACGGAGUACAGUCUCUGGCUGACGUGGUUCCUCACGCCCGUCAUAGUCACCUUCUUGCUUCCCGCUGUCAUCAUCAUCCUCAUCUAUCUUAGCAGUAUUAUAUUCUAUCUUUACAGGCUCUACAGGUUGCGAGUCGUAACAGAAGUACAAAAUGAUUGGAAAGAUGCGGCUAGAGUCGCCGUGUGUGCGUUGUGGGACGCGCACGGGUGGUUAUGGCACGGUUACGAGAUACGCGGCGUUGAGAACAUACCGGCUGGUCCAUUUCUCGUGAUAUGUUACCACGGUGCGCUCCCGAUAGACAUGUAUUACUUUACAGCGCGGAUGCUGUUAUUCCAGCGCCGGCAUCUCCAUACAGUCGCUGAUAGGUUCCUCUUUAAGAUACCUGGAUGGUCUCAGUUACUGGAAGGACUGUGCGUGAUUCCUGGGACGGUGGCGACGUGCGCUGGCGUACUACGGUCCGGCAACCCCUUGGCCAUUUCCCCUGGAGGUGUUUAUGAGGCACAAUUCGGUGACCACUACUAUCGCUUGCACUGGAAAAGCCGUACAGGGUUUGCUAAGGUCGCGCUAGAGGCAAAUGUGCCAAUAAUUCCAAUGUUCACCCAAAAUGUGCGUGAAGCAUUUCGCACAGUGGGUUGGCUUCGUGGGAUCUGUCUUCGGAUAUACGCAGCCACUAGGAUUCCCUUGGCGCCAGUAUAUGGAGGGUUCCCUGUAAAACUGAUCACGCAUUUGGGGAAACCUAUAUAUCCCGACCCUAGCUUAACGCCUGAACAGCUGCAGCAGAAGGUAGCAACAGCAAUAGAAGAUUUAGUUGAAGAACAUCAACGCGUGCCGGGCAGUAUUCUACACGCGCUCAUAGAACGCGUCUACGAAAUGCCCAAGAAACGCCCUAAAAAGCCCUACACGAACGGUACCUGUAAAAAAGAUACCGCCAAAAAACAGGAUGUCAGUGACAAAUGUGACAGUGACAGAUGUGUCAAUGAUAAGUGUGACAAUGACAAGGUCAAGGUGUCAUAG